ACGGGAGGGGGUAGGAAUAGUUGUGAGGGGCAAACCACUGAGGACGGACUGGAGAGGGGGGAAUCAGCUGUGGGGCAAACCAUUCUGUAUAUGUGUGGAGUGGAAGAUUCUUAAGAUAAGAAUCGCACCGUGUACAGAAGGGGAGGGACCUUGGAGAGGAGCGACUGCUCCGAGGGCCGAACCAUUGUGUAUGUGGGGGGGGGGUCCGCGGGACAGAAAGGGCCAAACCAUUGUGGCAGGAGGGGUGUGCACUGUGCAGGUUGAUUGGGUUCUGAUCCUUGCAAACGUUUGCAGGAAGAAGGAGGGCUCCCUGUCUGUGCAAAUGUUUUCCCUUGAGAAGAAAUCCCAGCUGGCUGCAAGGGCAGCGCUCAAGGUGGCUGUGUGCCAGGCAUCCUCUGAAGCUGCCUUCUGCUGAGCCUUGGUCCAUCUGUCUCAUCCUUAUCUACUCUGACUGGCAGCAGCCCUCCAGGGUUUCAGACAGGAGUACUUCCUAGCUCUGCUGGCAGAAGCCAACAGAUUGGGCCUGAGACCUUCUGCGUGCAGAGCAGAUCCUCUUCCACUGAGCUGUGACUCAUAAUCUGUAUACACAUCGCCUUAUGCCGAGUUGGACCCUUGGCCCAUCAGUACUGCCUGCUCUGUCUGGCAGACCUUUUCCAGAGUUUCAGACGGGGUCUGUCCCAGCCCCACCUGGAGAUGCUACAGACUGAACCUGGGACACUCUGCAUACAAAAGCAUGUGAUCUACCACUGAGCUAGAGUGUGCUUCUCAGGGCUGUAGACUGAAAGCAGGCACUGUCAAGAAGAGUUCUGACCCUCCGAUCAUGCCAGCUAUAGGUCUUUGUGGCGUUUGCCCAUCCUAGAGGUAGUGUCCGGUGCCAGAGACGUGCUGAAGACUAGAUUUUGUUUCUGGAGCUUCGGUAGCUGGAUCUGAACUCAGAAUGACUACUGUAAGCAGGACUUUAAGAGUCUUGCGGCUAGAGACCUUCUUCAGGCUCCUUCCCGGGUCUUGCGGCCUCCACACAUCUGCCAGCCAGCACAACUCCAACCGAACGUCCAUCGUCCGCCUUCCAAGACAAAAGUAUGCAAGGACCUAUCCCGUACUGCUAGUCAGACCUGAUGGCUCAACAAUCCACGUUCGCUACAAAGAGCCGAGGCAGAUCCUUUCGAUACCUAUAGACAUCAACACCCUCCCUGAUGCCGAAAGGAGAGCCCGGUUGCGGAAACGGGAUGCCCACAAGCUUAAACCUAAAGAAGAGACACCAUUUGAAGAUGACUUUAAACUAGAGGAUUACAGAAAGUUUUGGAAGAAGAAAUGACCUCUCUCCUCCUUUUUUCCCCCUUUCCCUUUUGCUUUCCCUGAGAUUUUGAGGGAAGAACAAACCUUUUCGUACUAGAUACAAUGUUGUAAAAAUGUUUCCAGGAGAUAAAUAUGAUGCAUGAGUAAAGAGAUUUUUCUGUGUCCAGUUUA